UGUAUGUGAUUUUUUUUGGAUUAAUUAACAUAAAUAUCUUAAAUUCAUAUAUAAUAUAUUAAAUAAUAAUAUGUUGAUAAUUUGUUCUUUUAAAUCUCUAGGCAAAACUAAAAUUUUGCUUUUUCCUAACCCGUUUGUCAAAAUAAAAAAAAAUAUUUUUUUAAGCUAAAAUAAGAUAUUAUGACAAAAUUAUUAAUGAUAUUAUACUUCUCUGUCGCAAAUGCCCAAAUUACAUUUAAUCCGAAUUUGGAAGAAGGAUUAAUAAGCAGAACCUAUAUAAUAAGACCCGGAGAAAUUUACCCCAAAAUUACUUUCCCAUCUUACAAAAGUUAUUUUGCCAAAAAUGGACCAGGAAACCUAACUGAUAAGGGUAGAAAUCAAAUGGAGAGAACAGGUAAAGAAAUUUACAAAUAUUUAAAACCCGUCCCAUCUCCAUUUUUUGGCAAUGAGAGUACAUCUUCCAAAUGGAUUUGUAAUAAUAUUAGUUUUGAUUUUAAACCCAAUAUCAACACAUUCAUUUACUCCCUAAAGAUGCCAGAAUGUAUUGAAAGCGCUGUAAUAAUCGCGAAAGAAUUACAUAUCGAACAAAAUUUUAGCAGUGAAUCUUGGCGUAAUAUUAUUGAGAUACCCCCCACACCUGACCUAUUACUUUCAGGAGGCAUACACUGUAAAUCUUUAGUGAAAUAUAUUAUCACGGAUUAUCUCCCAAAUAGCCAACUAUUUAUAAACUUAGUUGAAAAAAAUAAAGACAUGAUAUCUUUCGUUUUCGAAGAAGCUGGUCGGCCUCAGGCCAAGGAUUUUCCAGUCAUGAUAGUACCUAUAGCGGAUACCGUAGCUAUGGACAAAUUGCUUAACAAUCCUCUGCCAACAUGGGUCAAUGAAACUGUUUACGAAAGACUUCAAUCAAUAGCCAAUUUUUUUUUCACCAAUUUGGGCAAAGGAAAUGAUCAUAUUCUCAAAUAUUCAUCAGGAUUUUUGAUGAGAAAGAUCUUAAAUGACAUGAAGGAAAGCAGUGAUAGCUUUGAAAAUAAUCAGUGCAAUGCAGAUAAUGUUAGAAGAGUCCAUGUAUAUCUUGGACAAGAUUAUGCUCUGGCUCUAUUUUUAUCAAUGCUUGAUAUUCCGAUAACCAAUAGACCCGGUUUUGGUGCAAUUAUAACACUAGAUCAAUGGAGAACUACUGAUUCUAAAUAUCUGGUCAAGGUAUCUUAUAAAAACUAUGAAGGAGGUUUUUAUAAAAGAUAUACUAACAUUAUCGACUAUAACGAUUUUAAGAUUUCAUUGGCUCAUAGAAUCCCAGAAGAUUCUGCGGAAACGCAAAAAUAUUGUAUACUAAGUAGAUAGAGUAUAAUAUUAACUGUCUUCCUAUAAUAACUUUCAAACGUAUUUGAAUAUUAUAUAAUAUUUAUAUUAAUGGCGGAUAUUUGAAAUAUAAA